AUGUCCGAACGUACCCAGCAGGACGGAAAAUUAGAUAAGCAGAUAGCCGGUGACAGGAACGAGGAGGAAAGGAAACCGAAACCGAAACCCAAAUCCAAGAAUAAAAGACCCACGAAUGGUAAAUUGCAAAACAGUGCCAAGAAACCCAAGGAUUCAAAAACCGACGAAGUCAAACCAAAGAAACCACAGCCUAAGCCCCUUUACAGAGAAUUACAGAACUUGCUUGGCUAUGUCAAUCCAAUUACCGCCAAUGGUAUAUCUAUAAAAUCGUUGUCGACUGACCCGUUGUCAUUUUUUGAAAAAAUCAUAAACGAUAAGGACAAUCGUGAUGAACUAUUCAUGACGUUUUUGCUGAAACCCUCUGAUCCCGAUUUUCCUUACGACUUGGGGCUUCUAACUCUUACUUUGUGUAUCCCCCAGAGCUAUCCUCAAAACCAUGGAACGCCAUCGAUCAUGGUUUUAGAUGAUAAUAUUCCAAGAGGAUACAGUUUAAAUAUUGAGAUUGGUUUCAAGCAGAUUGUUAACACUAUAUUGGAAAACCGGUCGCUUAAAAAGAAGGCAAAGAAACACAGCACGAAAAAGAAAGUCAGUGAAAAGAAGGUGGAGGAAAACAAAAAGAGUGAGGACAAUAACGAACAAGAGGACCAGGGUGAACUUAAAAUUGAAGUUGUUGGAGGUAACAAUUUACUAGGUAUGAUCAAGACCUUAGAUAAAUACCUUGAGAAGUUUUUAUCUAUGGAAAAGAAGGAUACCAUUAAACUAGUCAAAGUUAUGAAUAUGAAGCAAGAGUCCGUAAAGGAGCAGCAAUUAAAGGAGCAAGCCAAGGAGAAACAGAAGAACCAAAAGAAGGUUGCGAAAUCCGAAGAAAAAACCUUGUUAGAUCACGCCAAAUAUCAAAAAAGAACAGAAGAAGUAGACAGGUUUAAACAAAGGUUCAAAGAUUACGGGCUCAAAGUUUGUAGGACAACCCCUCGUGGGGUAACCUUCAAACUAUUCCUGCUCUUCAAAGAUGAUCAUCUUACAUUAGAAUUUAACGAAUUGGAUCAAAUAACAAUCGAAAAAUUGCAUAUUAAACUCGAUAUUCCAAAAGAGUAUUUGAAUGCCCCAAAGAAAGGUAUAAAGCUCUCGGUAGAUAUGUCGGACAGCAACAACAUAGAAAUGAUAAAUUCAAUAUCAGACACAAAUGUGAGGUUGAUUUUUGGUAAACUGAUCAAUAACAUCAAUAAGAACUUUGAUACGUUUUCGAGUGACGUGGCUACCAUAAAUCUGAGUAAUCUUGAGUCGGACUCUGAAAAAUACUGGAGCAUUCCAAGUCAGUUAAACUUUUUUCAAUACAACAUUCAAAAAUUUAUGAAUGAAAAGGCUGAAUUCCUAAGCUGGUAUUCAGCCAAUAAGGAGAUGAGUUACAACCUGACAUAG